UUUGAAUCGGUUCAACGUGAACGUCCACAUCGCGGUUCAAUAACCCGAACAAACGAAGGGAGAGGAUUCCUCUUCUGUCGCAGAGGGACGGCGGAGUGGAGGAGGAGGACGAGGUCCGGGGGCUCAGCUCACAUCCGGGGCGGUUUAUUCUAAUCACCAAGUGUCCAACCCGGAAAAAGACGGCAUUCGGUCGCUUCACUUCAGUCCAGUCAGACAUUGAAGGCUAUCGUUGGCACUCCGAUAAAGUUUCAAUGAAGUGUCACCACUGCGCGGAUACACUUCGAUCAGACAGUGUCGGAUAAUGUCGUUUAAAAGGUGCGCUCCCAGCUGGUUUGACAGUGAUCGGCCCUAGCAGCAGCAGCAGCAGCAGCAGCAGCAGCAUGCCGUACGUGGACCGGCUGAACCGGGUCUGUGGCUUCCUGGACCUGGAGGAGAAGGAGAACAGCAGCCGGUUCCUCAGAAGAUACUUCAUCCUGGACACGCAGAGCAAUGUCCUGCUUUGGUACAUGGACAACCCCCAGAAUCUGCCGAGCGGGGCGUGCUCCGUCGGCAGCCUGAAGCUCACCUACAUCUCCAAGGUGAACGAAGCUUCGCUGAAGCAGAAGCCGAAGACGGAGUUCUGCUUCGUCAUCAACGCCGUCUCCCGCCGCUACUUCCUCCAGGCCAACGACGCGGUGGACAUGAAGGACUGGGUGGUCGCCCUGAACCAGGCCAGCAAGAUCACCGUCCCCAAGGGAGGUCUGCUGCCCCUGGGGUCAGAGGUCAGCGCCGUGGUCAGAGACCCCCACGCCGGCAAGAGACAGCAAGCCUACAAGACGGAGAUCAUAGGGGGGGUGGUCGUGCACACCCCCAUUCAGAAUGAGGGGGAGGAGGGGGACGGGCGGAGGGGGAACAGGCCAGGUGUUCUGAGGUGUGGAUACUGCGUCAAACAGGGCAACGUGAGGAAGAGCUGGAAGCGCCGGUUCUUCACCCUGGACGACAGCGCUGUCAGUUACUACAAGUGUGAGACGGACAAGGAGCCGCUCAGAGCCAUUCAGCUGAGGGAUGUUCAGAAGGUCCACGAAUGUCUGGUCAAAUCUGGGGAUCUUCUGCUGAGGGACAACCUGUUUGAGAUCAUCACCAGCAGCAGGGUCUUCUACGUGCAGACGGACUCCCCGGAGGAGAUGAGGGGCUGGAUCCGGGACAUUGAGGGGAAGAUCCUGGGCUUCAGGGGCCCCGCUCAGGGCCCCCCCUUCCAGCGCGGCUCCUCCCUGUACCGCAGCGCCCAGGGCCCUCCCCCGGUGGACUGGAGGCCCCAGCUCAUGAAGUCCUGCUCCGUGGCCCCCGGCUGGCAGCCCUGGACCCCGCUGCCCAAGCGAGGGGCCCCCGCCCUGGACCCCGACGAGGGGCCGGGCCCCUUCGGCCCCCUGACGGUCGGGCCCUCCCUCUCCUCCUCCUCCAACUCCUCCUCCUCCUCCUCCUCCAACUCCCUCUCCGCCGCCCCGCCCCCCCCCGGCCCGGCCGACGCCCCCCCGGCCCCGCCCGAGGGGGGGGUCUUCUCCCGGGCGUGGUCCAGCGGGCGGCGCCGGCACCGCUCCCAGCCGUCCGCCGGCCACGCCUUCCCCUUCAGCCUGGACGAGGACGGCAUCCGCACCACCGACGUCUAGACGUCUGGACGUCUAGACGUCUGCCCCGCGCGGCAGGACUGUCUGCCCCGCGGAGGGACUAUCUGCCCCCGAGCGUGACUAUCUAGCUGCCCCACGCUACAGGACUAUCUGCCCCAGGGCCCGUCUAUCUGCCCCAGGGCCCGUCUAUCUGCCCCAGGGCCCGUCUAUCUGCCCCAGGGCCCGUCUAUCUGCCCCAGGGCCCGUCUAUCUGCCCCAGGGCGUGCGGACUGCAGGACCCUCGCACUUUUGCUGUUAAUAAUAUCUUUGUGUUUUUGCGUGGAUGAAUGUGGCUUCUUCUUCUCUUUUCCUUUUAAGAAUACGCCCCGACGUAGCGCUGACACUGUGACGUCAGCCUUAGUACCGGCCCCACUGUGGCCCCCUGCUGGGGCCCGGGGGCAACUGCAUGUCUUUUCUUCUCUUUUCUGGUGAGUUUUGUGAGAGGAAAUAUCAAGGAGAUGUACGACGGCGCUUUCCUCGUUUGCAGGACUGUGAAAGGGUGAGAUGUUGUCUGUUUCUACACACCUUCGAGGGAUACUUGAAUGAUAUUGAUCAUGAUUAAGAAGGUUUGCCAUAAGAGAUUUACAUAGAAUUGUAAUUCCCUAGUUUUGGUGUGUGUGUGUGUGUGUGUGUGUGUGUGUGUGUGUGUGUGUGUGUGUGUGUGUGUGUGUGUGUGUGUGUGUGUGUGUGUGUGUGUGUGUGUGUGUGUGUGUGUGUGUGUGCACCCCUUUUUUUACCUUAACUGAGGCGAGGCGAUGCUAUUAGAAACUAAAGCCUCACCAGGUUACUGAUUUGUUAGAGAAUUGGAGCAUCAAAUAGGUCCCGGAUCAGUCCUUAGGGUACGGUAGGCUACGGUCUGAGCCUAAAGCUGAUUGGUUAGAGAAUUGGAGCAUCAAACAGGUCCCGGAUCAUACCUUAAGGUACGGCCUGAGCCUAAAGACUCGUCUGCCUCUGCGUGGUUCUCUACCCCCACAUUGCACGAGAGCUCGUUCUGCACGUGAGAUGUUUUGGUUUGCCUGGUUGUCAUGGAGGCCGGUGUGACGUCACUGACCACGGACGCUCCGAGCUUCAAACCACCGCAGCAGAUUUUAUUGGUACUUUUAUUUGUAUUUUUGUAUCAGCACCCGAUAAUGUCGGAGAAAAGACCAAGGAAUAAUAAUCAGGGACGAACAAUGAAAAGCAUUCAUGACAACACGUUUAGAGAGGAGAGGGAGAGGGUGUACUACACUCUCAUCAGAGUAGUAUAGUAUCAUUAUAAAGUCUCAACAGAAUAGUAAAGUCUCUUCAGAGUAGGCCACUACAGUCUCAUCAGAGUACCGUUAGUACUUCAGUGUUAGAGGGCUUCACCACGUUGGAUGUAUAAAUAUAGCUGGAUAAAUGAAGUAUCCACACCGAGAGGCAGCCUCCAACCCGUGGUUCUGCCUCCGAGAGACGUCUCUCAUGGUAAACGUUGCGGUUCAGCACUUCCCCGCUGCGUCAUUCUUUCGUUUUUAAAGUACAUCAGCGUUCUGCAAUCUUAAAACUCUGAACGGUACGCCUUACAUUUUAAAACUUUAAUGUUGUGUCAUGUUACAUGAUUUGAUUUUUUUUUAAAAGGGCACUCACAAUACCGUGAGUAUUAAAUUGUACUUUUAAGUCGUG